UAUACACACAUGCUUAUAUCUACAUGUACAUUUCAAUUUUUUUUCUUUAACCUCAAUUUCCACGAAAGAUUCCUUCAUUUCAAAAACCCUAGCAUUUUCUUCGGUUGAAAUUGGUGCUGAGCUAUUUGGGGUUUUGUUGCAUUUUUUUGCAAUGCGGCAAUCCUGUUGAAGCCAUCGAUUUCCCCAAUCGAAGAUUAAAUUCCUCUGCAUUUCUUGAUUCUCGCGAAAUUUGGACAAUGGAGGAGCCGAAAAGGUUCGCGGUCGGCUAUGCGUUGGCGCCGAAGAAGCAAGCGAGCUUCAUACAAGGCUCGCUUGUGCAACUCGCGUGCGAAAGAGGCAUCGAUUUGGUACAAAUCGACCUCCAACGGCAACUGGUAGAUCAAGGACCGUUUGAUUGCGUGCUCCAUAAGUUGUAUAGUGAUGAUUGGAAGCGGCAAUUGAAGGAGUUUGAGGAGAACAGCCCUAGCGCUUUGAUUAUUGACCAGCCGGAGGCAAUUGAGCGGCUCCAUAACCGGAUUUCGAUGCUCCAGGUGGUGGCGGAGCUCGAAAUGGACCCGUCUAAAAUAGCAGGGGCGGAGACGGCUUCGUUCGGGAUUCCAAAGCAGACUGUGAUUUAUGAUUUUGGUUCGGUCUCGGAGGUGAAUGUGGAAAAGGAGGGUCUGAAAUUUCCUGUCAUUGCCAAGCCGUUAGUUGCCGAUGGCAGCGCGAAAUCGCAUAAGAUGCUUUUGGUUUAUAACAAUGACGGGCUGAAUAAGCUCAAGCCACCGAUUGUGUUGCAGGAGUUUGUAAAUCAUGGUGGGGUGAUUUUCAAGGUCUACGUGGUUGGCGAGUAUGUGAAGUGUGUGAAGAGGAAGUCUCUGCCUGACAUCAGUGAGGAGAAUUUGAGGAGCUUGGAGGGGUCCUUAUCAUUCUGUCAGGUAUCUAACGUAGGUGCUCAUGAGAUAAAUCCUGACAAAUAUUAUAAACUGAUGCAUUUGGAGAGUGCAGAGUUGCCCCCAAUGAGCUUGAUAAAUGAGAUAGCCAAGGGUUUGAGGAGGGCAACUAAGCUGCAUUUAUUCAAUUUUGAUGUUAUUAGGGACGCCAAAGUUGGAAAUAGGUAUCUUGUUGUUGACAUUAAUUACUUUCCUGGUUAUGCUAAGAUGCCCAAUUAUGAGACUGUCUUAGUGGAUUUUUUCUGGAAACUUUUGACCAGUGAUGAUAAGGAUUUUGAUGUUACAAAGUUGGCUACCUGUGAAAUUGGCACGAGGAAUACCAUUUGCGGUCAUCAUCGUUUUGGGGAGGAUGAGGGCAUGAUCCCGGCUUCUCCUCUUAAGCGGGAAGAAAAGGAACAUUCCCUUCAAGUCUGAGUUGCAGCAAUUUCGUGAUUUAUCUGGAGGGAAGAAAAAGGAGGUGGGUAAUUGCAGAAUGAUGGUGGAAAUUUCUCCAGAUUUGACAUAGAGAGCUUCAGAAGGCAGAUAGGUAGUGUAGCGGUGAAUAACUAGGUUCUUGCUUUGUUUUAGAUUGCUAACAGACAUUAAAUGGUGUACCUUGUUGAUCAUGUACAUUGCAUAGAUAGGUGCUGUUGAAUAGGCUGAAAUGUUUAGGGAGGUUAUAGUUAUCAAAAAAUCGCAAAUGUAAGCAAACUCCUUUGGUAACAUGAUUUAAUGAGUUUAGCCAUUUGGUCACGUAAA